AUGUCACGGUCAGUGUCACCUGCGACUGCUGUCACAGAGCAACAGACACCGCCAGACCCAACCGACGCUUCUUCAACAGCCACAGCCCAGCAUGAAAGUACUGAAGAUGUAAUCCUGACAGACGCCCACAAUCCAUCAGUCCGGAUUGACGGGGACGAGCCUCAAGAACAAGCCGAGUCCCCGUCGGAGCUAGCUACCCCUCUUAAGAAGCACGUCCUAUACUCCAUCAUCAUCAUCGCCAUCGCCGGCCUCUUCGCUCUCUCUGCCGCCUGCUGGCUGGUUGCGUUCAUCCAAACCAAGGCCGACGGAGGCUAUAUAAAAGCUAUCCGUAUCGGCGGAAACGUCAGCUCGACGUGGGCUAAACUGAUCGAUGCCGCCGUUUCCAUGCUGGUGGCUCCCGCCAUACUCGCAAUUGCCAACUGGCACAUGUUCAAGCUCGCUCGUCUCUCUGCGGUAAAUGAGCACGACAAAAGAGACUCGAAAGCAAGCCUCAACGUUCUUGUGGAAGUUGCCGGCACAGACUGGGGAUCGACCAGCCCACUCAAGUUCUGGACGUUUCUUCAAUCACAAAAGCCCUGCAUCAUUUGUUUGGGCGUCAUCUCCAUCCUUUCAUCUUUGAGCUUCUCUCUUCUAAGCAACGUCACCGCGUACGAGGAAGCCGGAAGCCUUCAACUUCUGCAAGCAACCGACCUAAAUUCAAGAUCCGAAGGCUUCCUUGGCGUCAACAUCUCGAGCCGAGCACGCCGAGAGAUGCGCCCGACCAUCGAGCAGCUAUUCAACGUACCUGCCUACAAGAUUCUGGCAUCAUGCGAGCCAUCCAGCCUCUCAGCAGUGUCAAUUGGUUCUCCAGACAAGAACGAUUCGCACGUCAGGUUUAACCUUGAGGAAGCUGCCACAUCCUCUGAGUCUGGGCCUACACAAUUUCGAGCAGACUUUGGCAUAGUCGAGGAACUUCUUGCAAGACAAGGGAUAGAAGCUGCGAGAAAAAAUGGUUCAUCAGUCAGGUACCCCCUCAUCGCAUUCAGCGGAACAGCGACUUGGAUCGGAGGAUUCAGUUAUACUGAGAACGAGACUGUCGACUUGACGGAAACAACGGGAUACGGCAGCAGCUACGACUUGACUUUCUGGGGCGUAGUCUGUAGUCUCAAAAGAUGGUCUGGAACGGCGACGGCCAAUCUCACCGGAACGACCUUGUCACUGACCCAAUUCAAACUAGAUGGCGAGAAGACUGAACCCCAAGACGAAACACCAAUACUUUUCCUAGGACAAAAGUUUGAUACGUUCGAGAGUGGUCGUGUAGGAAGAUCGCCAGGCAUUGGCGGUUACCUCUUACGAGCAGCUCAUAGGGCAUACCAGGAGGCGGGCUUAUCUACCUGGGAUAUCGAAACACUUGUUGACGCAUUUGUCUGGUACGAGGCGGCAGCGAGGGAAGCAAUCCAAGGCGACAAGAGCGAUGCCAAGAUCGAGGGCCUCGUCUCCCAGGUCGAGGUUUUGGAGAAGAAGCCGGAUACAUAUACCAUGACCUUUGUCCCAUGGAUGCUCCUCUUCGGCCUUGUCGCCUUAGGCGUCGCCUGCGCCUUAACAGUUGCUCUAUCGCUCGACUCGCUGGGAGUGCCGUCUUUCAGGAGCGGGAGGGUUCUGGACGCGGUGAGGUUGACGGCUGACCUGGGAAGGACGCUGGGUAGGACUGCUUUCGAAGAGACUUACUGGAUGAGCCGUCAGGAGCUGAACGAAUGUGCUGAAGGUGCCAAGUUCAAGUAUGAGCCCGACAAACGCCUGGAUAAGAACCGAGAGUCGUACGUGAUGGGGGUUCGUCUGCGACUAGUGUCUGUCAGACAAGGUGGCGAAAGGUAGGUUUCGCAUGGUUGCACAGGGUUGGCAUCUUGACCUUGUAUGUAUGACGGGGAUGGAUGUAGUAUCACCAGGUUAUCCUAA